AGAUUUUGUUUGUUGUUCUUUUGCUGAAAGUGAAAAUUAAUUAACUAAAAAGGAGAUUUUGUGUUUUUAGUUUAAUUAUGUGUUUUUAAUUUGAAUGAUAUUUAAUAAAUUUUCGGUCAAUUAAUGCGGGACAAGGUGAUGAACUAUGAACCUGAUUGUGUGGAAGACAUUCGAUCUCUUCCCGAUUGGAAUCUUCCCGUUGCCUUUUCUGCUCUUAGGUUGGAACCUAAGCUUGAAGGUAUGCCACCAAAUUCUGUUUCAUGGAGAAUGAAAGAAAGGAUGAAAACUGUGAGCGUUGCUCUUGUUCUGUGCCUUAAUGUUGGUGUCGAUCCUCCAGAUAUUCUUAAAACUCAACCCUGUGCUAAAUUGGAGUGUUGGGUUGAUCCAUUUUCUAUGCCACCUCAAAAAGCCCUGGAAGCAAUAGGAAGUGAGUUACAGAAACAAUAUGAAAGAUGGCAACCAAGAGCACGAUAUAAACAAAGCUUAGAUCCAACUGUUGAUGAUGUAAAAAAGUUUUGUACCUCAUUACGUCGAGGUGCCAAGGAUGACAGAGUUUUACUUCAUUACAAUGGACACGGUGUUCCAAAGCCAACAAUUAACGGUGAAAUUUGGGUUUUCAAUAAAACCUACACUCAAUAUAUACCUCUUUCCCUUUAUGAUCUCCAACAAUGGAUGGGAUCUCCUUCUAUUUAUGUUUACGAUUGUUCCUGUGCCGGCCUUAUAGUUCAAUCUUUCAAUCAAUUUGCUAUCCAACAUGAGCGAGAAUACCAGAUUACUUUAACCACAGCUCGAAACCAGGGAAACCUGGGUAAUGUUAAUAUGCUCCUUGCAUCAUCACCAAAUUACAAGAAUUGCAUUCAACUGGCCGCUUGUGCUGCUGACCAGAUACUUCCCAUGAAUCCUGAUCUUCCCGCUGACCUCUUCACCUCGUGUCUUACCACUCCACUAAGAAUUGCUCUUAGAUGGUUUAUUAUGCAAAAUUCAAAAUUAAUACCAACAAUUAACCUUGAUCUGGUUGAUUCGAUUCCCGGUUCAUUAAGUGAUCGUCGUACCAUGUUAGGUGAACUUAAUUGGAUAUUCACUGCCAUUACUGAUACCAUUGCUUGGAAUGUUUUACCUAGAGAAACUUUUCAACGACUUUUCCGUCAAGAUCUACUUGUCGCUAGUUUAUUUAGGAAUUUUCUUCUCGCUGAUCGUAUAAUGAGAUCAUAUAAUUGUACUCCCGUCUCUAGUCCCAAACUUCCUUCAACUUAUCAUCAUCCCAUGUGGCAAGCUUGGGAUCUUGCGGUGGACAAUUGUUUACAUCAACUUCCCUUAAUCAAACAAGAUCCUACUGCUCAAUAUCGCCAUAGUUCAUUUUUCUCGGACCAAUUAACCGCAUUUCAAGUAUGGUUAACCUUUGGGAAAACCAUCGAUGCCAAUCAUAAUCCCGACUUUAAUCAUCCCGAACAAUUACCCAUAGUUUUACAAGUACUUUUAAGUCAAGUUCAUCGUCUUAAAGCACUCGAACUUCUUGGUAGAUUUCUUGAUCUUGGUCCUUGGGCUGUGAACAUGGCUCUUUCUGUUGGUAUUUUCCCUUAUGUUUUGAAACUUUUACAAAGCUCAGCGCGAGAGCUUAGACCGCUUCUUGUUUUCAUUUGGGCUAAAAUUUUAGCCGUUGACGGGCAGAGCUGUCAAGAGGAACUCAUUCGUGACAAUGGUCACAAAUACUUUCUCAAUGUACUUUCCGACACCAACCUUCCUGCUCAGUACCGAACCAUGGCCGCUUUUGUUUUAGGCUGUAUUGUCCGAAGUUAUCAUCCAGGUCAAGAAGCUGCUUACCAAGGAAGUCUAAUAGCCGUUUGUCUAGAACAAUUGACCGAUUCAAAUGCUCAACUUCGUCAAUGGAUAACAAUUUGUCUUGGUCUUACUUGGAAUAAUUAUGAUGCCGCUCGUUGGUGUGGAGUUCGUGACUCGGCUCACGAGAAACUUUUCCCUCUAUUAAACGAUGAUAUACCUGAAGUUCGAGCUGCGACUGUUUUCGCUCUUGGUACAUUCAUCACGGGAGCUGGAGAGCGAACAGACCAUGCGAACACAAUUGACCACAGUAUUGGUAUUACUCUAAUCAAUACCGUCUCAAAUGAUGGUAGUCCAUUGGUACGAAAAGAGUUGGUUUGUGCUCUCCAAUGUCUAAUUUUACUAUUUGAAAAUCAAUUCGUUGCUGUGGCCUAUCAAAUGAUAGAAGAUGAUAAAUCGAAAGAACUUUUACAACCAAACGCUCUAAAUCAAGGAGAUGGUUUGCUCAAUGCCGCUACUACGCCUCCUUCUAACAUUUCCGGCCUUCGUAAGGUUGCAUCUCGAGAGAGACUCAUGAAGCUGUUUUCCCCAUAUACACCUACGCUUCCCAAUGUAGUGACUGGAGACUCAUUGACACCCCCAGCAGCAGUUUACAAUAACAAUAAUAACAUAACCGCUAUCAAAAGGAUAAGCUCAACAAACUCAUUGACAGCCUUUGGUACAAGUACUCUUGGUACCAGUGGAAUUGGAAACGUUUACUCAACCAUUUGGAAAGCAAUAAUGAGCCUUGGUAAUGAUCCUCAUCCGGAUGUUUCUAAUAUGGCUCAGGUUAUUAUCGAUGAGAUUAAAUCAAAAGUCCAACCACCAAGUGCUUUGUCCAAUGAUUCGUUUAAAGAGUCUCGAUCUGAUCCUUCAUCUUCCGAACCUUCAUCUCCAGCAACUCACCCAACCUUUGUUAUGAGUGAAUCACCUCCUCAAACAACAACAAACUCAACUCAACAUCAACAAGGUUUAUCAUCAUCAUCAUCACAUAACCACAACAAUCAACAUACAAACAAUUCAUCUACUAGGGAAAGACAGGGUAGUGAAGGUUCUCAAAGUGCCAGCGGUUUAAUCAAUAGCGGAGGAAAUGGUCCAAUUCCUUCAACAUCUUCUAUAGCAACAACGGUGACCGGUUCAUCGUCAACCAACAAUUUAACCUCACAUACUGGAAGCAGUAGUAAUUUAGUUAAUCAUUCACAUCAUCCACCUCAUGGUCGUCAUUCCAUUGCUGGCAUCGGUUAUCCUUCACAUGCUCAUGUUACCUCAUUUCUAACUCCAUAUUCAAGGAAGAGGAAAAUCUUUGGUCGUGAACCGAAUAUCAGAAUAUCCGAAGAUAAUACAAUAACCUCGGAUGAUUUAAAUAACACCAGUGCCAUAACUUAUAGAUCACCUUUGGUUAAAACUGAUUUUAUCGGUUGGUGUAUUAAAUUUUUUAAUGAAAAUUGUGUUAAAUAUUUGGAAAGUAGUGAUCCCGAAAGUGCCAGUAACGAGGAAAAGGAAUGGAGAUUAACGCGUAAUUAUCAUGUAAGACGAAAUGCAGUCGAUGAAUUAUCAACCACCGAUCCAAGUCGAACGGAAGAACAAAUAUUUUUACAGAAAAACUCAUCAGUUCCUUCAUUGAUACAAUUUCAUCCCUAUGAACCACAUCUCAUUGUCGCUGAGCGUGAAUCUUUUUCUGUUUGGACUUGGGACACUUCAAGUAACAAUAACUAUGGCUACAAUAGUGGUUAUAAUACAUCUUCCGCUCUUUUGGGAACCUUUUCCAAUGCCAAUUCAUUUAAAAGUAGAAUUAGCUCAUCCCAAUUAGUUAAUUCUCACGAUAUAACAAUCCUUUUACUUGCAUGUGAUGAUGGAAAUGUUAAAGCAUGGAAACUACAUAGUCUACAACAGGACAAUUCACCACCACAACUGGUCACUGCCUUUCAAAUAUUAGAUGAACUGACCCGAUCACCAGGAUCAAAGGGAGGGUCAGGCAUAAGAAUCCAUUGGAAUCAAGAGUCACGUCAUCUCAUCGGAGCGGGUGAUUCUAAAAUGAUACGAAUCUGGGAUUCGGAAAAAGAGGCUCGACUACGAGACCUUCCCACCGGCGCUGAUUGUAGUGUGACCUCUUUAAGCUCAGAUGGAUCAAUUAUUUGCGCCGGUUGUCAAGACGGAACUAUCCGUCUUUUUGACGAACGAUGUUCACCAAACGAUACUAGGAUACUCACCUUUCGUGAACACGCUAAAUGGGUUGUCAAUGCCCACCUUUACCCUGACAAUCAGAAACAUGUUAACGUACUUUCUGCCAGCACGGAGGGAAUCGUUAAAUUUUGGGACAAACGGAGUCCCUCUGCCAUUAAAACAAUCGCCGUAUCUCAGGGAUUAACAUCGAUGGCUAUUCAUCCCGAAGCUGAUGUUUUUGCCUGCGGUACAUCAUCUCAAUCAAUUCACAUUUACACUCUCGAUGGUUUACCUGGAAGUAUAAUUAGAUAUCAUGACGGAUUUAUGAGCCAACGAAUAAGUCCAAUCAGUUGUUUAGCUUAUCAUCCAUUAAGAGUUAAUCUGGCAGCAGGCUGUAAAGAUUCAUACAUCUCUGUUUAUUCAUCACCCAAAGUAUAUUAACUUUAAUUUAAAGUUUAGCCAUAAGAAUAAAACAAAUUGAUUUGAUUAGCUUAAUCGAAUCAACCAAAAUCAGAUCAAGAAAAAGAGCUGAAAGCUGAUUUUAUAUAUCUAAACCAAAUUAACAACUUUAAUUGUAAAAAUGAAGGUUUGUUUUUCUCAAGGUGAGAAAACAAAUCUUAAUUAUAAUCAACGAUCUUUGUGUAUAAAGCAAAAUGUUAUGUUAACAACAACAACAACAAAAGACUACCAACUACAACGAAGCAAAUGAUUUUCAAUGCAAUCUAAUUAAUGGGCAUCACCAAAAACAACAAUUAACAGAAAUUAAAUUUUUUUGUCUACCUUUAAUAAACAAAAUCCACCAACCCUUUAACUGUCAA